AGGUCUAUGUUAUAAUUGGUUCCUAACCCUAGUAUAUUGUUUGACUUUCGACGCUGAGGCGUGAUCAUGUUUCGCAAUAUCCUCAUGGUUUUCGUUUGUACUAUAGGGAGACCACAAAGAUGACGACGCUCGAAGAUUUAGCCCGCCAUAAGGCGGCAUCACGUACACAAGAAAGAAAGAAAAUAGAAGAUACUCUUGUUGGCUCCUUCAUAAUGUAGUUGUACUGUAGCAAGAGCAGAUUUUCAUGACGACACGACUACAUUCUUGGAAAGUUCUUAUUUCUUCGCAUGAUACCCAUUUUUGAUUGUUCCUUCUCGAACCACCAAAUUUUUAUAGUCGUGGAAUUCUUCGUCUUGUUCUUCUAGUAGAGCUAGAUCUAGAAAAGCAUUUUGAUUGUAGAACAACUAUUGGAAAUUUUAUUUGAUUCUUUGUUUCUGUAGAAAAUAUCGAUCAUUCAUCCUAGAUUGAAUCUAGCAAAAAUGGCGUCGAAACAGAAAGAGGCGCUGCAGCGCCUUUACGAAAAGACGAAGGGGGCAGCCAAAAAAGAAAAGCAGCCCAAGGACUCCCGUUCCCCCGAUAGAGGUAAAAAUGAUAUUUAUCAAUGCUUUUCUCACGUGUUGACCUUGAUGACAUCACAUUAAUAUCGUAUUGGACUUGACUGACUAAAACUAACUGGAAAUAUGGUCAACAUGAACAAGUACUAUUUGGUGCUUGAUGCCGCAACAACAUAAGUAAGUUUUUAUCAUCAUUAAUAGAAGUAGAUUUUCAAUCGGAUUAUAACCAAAGAUCGGAAAAAAUUUCAGGUUAUUAACUAUGACCCACCUCUUAGUCUUACUUUCAUCUCCACUAAGGUCGCAAGGACAGCCGGAGUCGAAGUCGCAGUGGUAGUCGCAGCAAUGACAGCGAGGCUGAGAUGGGCCGCGCUAAGCGCGAAAGAGCUCUCGUUAUGCAGCGUAGAGAAGAAGAGGCCCAAAGGGAGCUCGAGCGUGAACGUGCGGAAGCGCGCCGCGGCCUUACAGAUGCAGACUACUGGCGCAUGAUUCAAAAGUAUUUUAGUACAACUCUUGAAGAAGAAUCUCAAGAAUUAGUUCUUCAAUCAUUUCGUAAGCUUAUCAUCUUUAUCUUUUUCCAGCACACACAACUUAUUCUUAUCCCCUCAGACGUGACGAGAAGGAAAUUAAGAAUCAGUCUAUUGGCGGAAAUAUUAUUCACGGCAAAGUCCACAAGCGUAAGGAUGAUCCGGGAUAUUUUAUGACAAUUGGAUGGCAGUCGCAGAUCGAUUGGAAAUUCGGGAAAGCUAACGAAAAAUUUGCUGAUCACGGACGACACACAAACGAUCUCGCUCUGUACUCUUACCGCUUCUUUAGAUCUAGGAUGUUCGACACAAAGAUGUUCUUCAUGCAUUUCUUCUAGCGUGCAUUUAGGGGAGUUUUGUUAGAACUUCGAUAUGCGUUUCUCUGUCGUGCUGUUGAUAUUGAUUCUGAUAUCAUUCUCGUCAAUAUGCUUUGUUUUUGUCUUGUACUACUAUCCUAAUCCUAAUCGUUCCCCUUUUCCCACUUCUAAAAUAGUAUGGGCAACCGACCACCUCGACAACGAACGCACGAAGAAAUCGCAAGGAAGCGUGGUAUUCAAGCUGACAUGCCAAUUAGAUUCGAGAAGAAAGACAGGAUGCGUGGAAACCCGGAAAAUGUGAAGCCGGCAUCCUACGAGUUGAAGCAUUCUGGUCCGAUUGUGGUACCGGAGUCGAAGAAGUUGCGCCCAAAAAUUACGGACUUCAAGAUCAACGCUUAAAUUUCAUUAUUUCGGUAGGAGAUUUUGUUUUAGGACCGCGAAAUGUAACUAGUACUAGUAGAAAGACCAAGACCUCACGAACAUCUUCGAGAUUGAAGAACGUCUAUGUUUGUAUGAGUCGUACCGCUUUUCCUAUUCCUCGGUAUCGAAAGCUAGAUGCGGCAUAGACUUGUUUAUCUGGAUAUGCAUUGUUCUUGUUGGGAAAUCGAAAUCUCUGUUCUCUUCUUUCUGAUAGAAUUUUUGAUAGACUCUAAUACAAAUACGCAAGGAGCUGCGACCGCCGGCGGAAGCAACGGAGUGGCGACAACGACUACGUCGAGCACAACUCCCAAAGGUGGAGCAGAUCGGCCUCGAAGCAGGCGCAGGAGUCCUCCGCGAAGGAGUCCGCCUCGCCGCAGACGCGAUAGCCGGCGUCGUUCGCGCGGACGAGGGCGUCGUGGUGACUCGCGCCGUCGAAGUCGAUCGCGAGGACGGCGGUCGCGCCGACGCAGCAGAUCCGGCGACCGACGUCGGAGUCGCUCUCCGUCGAGUGAUGACGGGAUCCAGCUACCACAACAAGAGGUAAUGCGCUUCGAUACGCCGCAGGCUGUCGCCACAGCAGGAAAUGGCGCUGCUGGAAGUAAAAAGAGCUCGAAAAACUCUAACAACCCCAGUGCGAAGGCUGCAGCGCCUCCAAUGGGUGUCAGUGCCGAGUAUCUGAAAGAGCGGGAGCUGGAGCAGCAGAGGGAGAAGGAAAAGGCACUGGAGCGAGAACGCGGCGGAGGCCGAUCCCGCAGCCGAGGUGGACGCCGCAGUCGUGGACGCAGGUCUCGCAGCGGCGGUCGCGGCAGGAGGCGGUCUAGAUCGCGUCGUGGCGACCGCCGUGUAUCCCCCGCGCGUCGCAGCAGAGGACGCUACUCGCCAAGCGCUCGAAAGCCGUCUUUGCCGGGCCGGGGAAACUAUCCGAAGUUCGUCCUCGCGAGCAAGGAAGAACAAGAGAAAGAGGAAGCAGCAGAAGGAGCAGCGGAUCAGAAGAAUAGUAGAGAGGAAGGAGAUGAAGAGGACGUCGAUUUGCGAGACAUUGAGCCGUCCGACGACAUACAGCAAAACCAGAACGAAAUCCAGGACCUAAACGAGGAAAUCGAUAUCGCCGACCUAGGACUCGAGGACGACGUCGUAGACCAAAACGAUGCGCAGGAACUGUCGGCGUCGGGAGACGGAGAUCGGUCUCGCUCCCCAGUCGCAGGUAACCGCGAUAGUCGUCGGCGCGAUGCACCGCGCAAACGGCAGGACAGUCGCCGUCCGCCGCCAAAACGCUCGGACAGCCGCGCAGGCCGCAGGGAAGCUGGCGGAGCAUGAUAAAGUUAUUCUUUGCUUCAAUCCAUCACUGGAGAUGGUGGACAAUAAUGUCAUACAAAGGAUAUUACAUUACACUUCCAGAAGCAUCCCUAAAGUUAGUAGGAACAACAGACUCAUUUUCUUCAGAAUGAACACGAGAUGAGCUAAUUAUAUAGCAGCUUUUCAUUCUCUGCUACUUUCACCUUCUCGGGUCCGUGUGCAGCCAGUGCGGUCUCAAUAGAAGGAGGAUCCCUCAUCUUCUAGAAGAUUGACUUCAUCGAGAUGGCACCAGACUCCAGUGCUUCGAUAGCAUGGCGAAUCUUACCACAGGGUGUAUGGCAUGAUUGAGAAGAGUCAGUCUAAUUUUGAUCUUCUCUGUCACAGAUUUGGUAUUCUCGAUUGCAUUCGUUGAUUUUUUGAGGGGUACAGGUACUUUACUAAUAUAUGGGUUGACGAGAAAGGGCAAACAAGAAAAGAUGAAGCUCAACAUCCAACGUGGUCUUACUUUGGUUCGCCUUCAUCGCAACAUAGAUAUUGGAAAAUAAAUGAACUAGGUGGAGCUUGAGGAAAAAAAUAAGUCAUGAUGAUAGUGUUUGUCAAAUUAGUAUGAGAUCUAGUACAGGAUAGUUGAAAGGCCUCAAAGGUGUUAGCAUAACACAGAAAAGAGGAUCCAUGACAUGACAUGACUUUUCCAUCGUUUCUCUCAAUAUUCUUGUCUAUGCUUGGAGCAGCGAAGGGACUGUAACGAAAGUCCAUUCUUGCGGUCACACACCUUGCCGACGAAAAUAAACCGUUGGAAGACACAGCAGGUCUUUUAUGAGGUCUUUUUGAGGUCAAGUUCUUCCUAGAACAAGGGGGGUUAUGAUCUACGAGAAUGCGCAUCUCGUGGUUUAGCGUCUUUGAGUUGGGGAAGUUGUAGAAGUUUACUUCUAAUGCCUCCUUAACAAGCCUGAUGAGUGACAAGAAGUCAUGAUGUCAUCGUUAUGAAGGUGGAACAGUGACCCAAACCCUUCCCCUUUGCGUUGACCCAUGAUUCGCUGUUAAAGACGUUUUUUUCACUCCUGUCAUCACCCAAAACAACCAAUCCCAAUCCCGUCGGAUCAUUUUCUUCCUUGAAUAACAUGUUUGGACAACGUGUCAAACUGAAACUCCACAAAAAUUUUCUUUGGUGAACAAAAACUUGUUGACUAAAUAGAACAACUGCUAUGUUCUAUGGAAAAUACUCCUUUAAUUCCGACGACGCUUCUUCGUGGGAAGUACAACUACCACACUUGUUGUUGUUGUUG